UUAAAAAUUGAGGAAAACAAAAGUCUAUAUAAAUGUAAUCUUUAGAAAUUUCAAAUAUUUUCUUCAAAUAAAAAAUUAAAAGGACAACGACUUGAAGUUAUUUAUCAGAUUUUAAAACAAAAAGGCAAAAACAUAAUAAUAUUUAAAAAUUAGGAAAAUUGUAAAUAUCCUUCUUUAAUAAACAUUUCGUGGCAACGUGCCUACUCGACGAAUAUCAAAGCAUGUAGUUUAAAAUCUUAACAGAGAAUGAGAGAGAAAGAGAGAAUAGUAGCACGGUCACGACGAAUCGUCUAAAUAUUUUCAUGACUGCUUUUCCCCGAAAACGAUUCUCAUACCCGAGACAUGAAGGGUCAUCGGUGCCCACGUGCGUCAGUUCCGUUCAGUUUCGCGAUUGAGAUGGUUUCUGAGCUUUCCUCUUUUCUGCGGUCGGCUUAUUUUAACGAAUCAACAAUUCUUUUCUAAUGCAACGUCACCGUAUUUUGGAAUACCGCCAAAUCAAAUUAAUCUAAAUAAUAAAAAUAUAAUGGAAGUUCCACGUCGUCCUAGUUUGUCCAUGAAGAUGCAACGUAGUUUGACAAAAGUUAAAAAGAGUAUUCAAAGAAUAACUGAGAAUUUUCAGGACGAAGAAAAGCAACAAACGUAUGUUCUACCAGAAAGAUUAUCUUCUUUGAUGCAUAAUACAGGAUUUUCGAAGGAAGAAAUACAAAGAUUAUAUCGUGCAUUUAAACAAUACUGUCCAAGAGGAACUGUUACUACAAAUGAUAUAAAACCAGCCUAUGCUAAACUUUUUCCACUUGGUGAUUCUGCCAAAUAUGCACAAAUGGUAUUCAAUAAUUUUGACAAAAAUAAGGACGGCAUUGUCACAUUUGGAGAUUUACUUCUAGGAAUAGCUACGAUCGUAAAAGGAACUAAUGAUGAAAAACUUAAAUGGAUAUUUCAAUUUUAUGAUUUAAAUGGAGACGGUUGCAUCUCAAAAAACGAAAUGACGACCACAAUAUCAGCUAUUUAUGAAAUGAUAAACAAUGAUCAAACUGUUUGGAGUAUGGUAAACAGGCACGUGGAUAAACUUUUUGAAAAGAUGGAUAUUGAUAAGGAUGGAAUGAUAUCCAUAGAGGAAUUUAUAACCAGUUGCAAAAAUGAUACGCUUAUCCAGAAUCAAUUGACAGAAUUUAAUCAUUUUUGGUGGUAAUAUAGACUGAAAAA